AUUAAACUAGAAAUUUUCAAUUCCAUGGAUCUAUGUGCCUCACGUAUCUUUUUGGGAUUUUCGUUCAACACUAUUCUCAGUCUGUAAGUAAAAGUAGUAAUACAAAUGGAACGUCUAUUUAGGCCAAAAGAGCUAGACAUAGAGCCUAGCUCGCCAUCGGCUGCCGAGAAGUGGCUGCACUGGCUGAGAACAUUUGAGAAUUUCAUCUCCUCAGUCUCUCAUUGCGAGAUUGACAAAAAGAAAUUACUAGAAAACUACGUUUCUUCGAGCGUAUUUCAGUACAUAAGUGAGUGUACAACGUUCGAAGAAUCAAUCAAAGUUCUACAAAAUGUCUACGUGAAGCCCAAAAGCGAAAUUUUUGCACGGCACAUGAUAACUCUUUGUCGACAAGAGAACGGACAAACCGUUGACUCCUUCCUACUUAAGCUUAAAAGUAUGGCCAAAGACUGUGACUUCAAAGCUGUCACCGCUGAAGAACACAGAGAUAUCUUCGUAAGAGACGCCUUCAUUACUGGACUGGCUUCAAACAGCAUAAGACUGCGACUCUUAGAGAAAUCUACUCUAACUCUACAGUGCGCCUAUGAAGAGGCAAGACAACUCGAAUAUGCCCAUAACCAUGCCAUGGCGUAUAACAUCCACUCUGAAACUCCCUGUGGAGCUAGCGCCGACGAGGAGAGCCUUUCUCCAAUGACAAAAGUAGAACACGAGGUGAGUGCGGCGACUAGUAAAAGAUGUUUCUUUUGUGGAAACAGCCCACAUCAACGCUUUAGAUGUCCGGCCCGUGACGCUACAUGCAACUUGUGCGGUAAGAGGGGCCAUUUCCAGAAAGUCUGUAAAUCGACCAGGCAGACACUCAAAUCUACAACCUCAGCCAUAGUGAAAGCAGAUGAUGACACGUCUCGGACUACAACCGUUGGAUCUUCCUGGGCAUCGACACCAGCGUCCGGUCUUACUAAAUCUACUAUUUCAAUACUCGUCAAUGGAGUACCAUUGAAGGCUCUCGUAGAUACGGGGAGCAGUGAAAGCUAUAUAUCUUCUUCAAUUGCUAAAAGGUACAAAUGGAAAUUAGAAACGUCCAGAAACAGAAUCUACAUGGCCUCUACACAUCUUUCUCGCACUACUCACGGCCAUAUUUUCGCUAAAAUAAAGUACAAAGAUGAACAAUAUGAAAGUGUUAAGCUCUCACUACUAGAUGGACUAGUAUCUGAUGUAAUCUUAGGGCUAGAUUUCAUCAGCCAGCACGAAAAACUGAUGAUCCCAUUUGAAGGAAAACGAAGCACUCUCCAGGUCUGUACGCUGAAAGCUGCACGAGUUGAAGCCCCUCGCCUCUUCGCUAAUCUGGCUCCUAACUGCCAUCCCAUAGCCACUAAAUCUAGAAAAUAUUCUAUGCCUGACUCCAAAUUCAUUCAAACUGAAAUCAAGAGACUUCUAUCUGACAAAAUUAUUGAGCCUUCCACGUCCCCGUGGCGAGCCCAGAUAAUUGUAACAACGAAUGAAAGGCACAAAAAGAGAAUGGUUAUCGACUAUAGCCAAACCAUCAAUCGAUUCACUUACCUCGACGCGUAUCCCGUGCCAAAAGUGGAUGAACUGGUGCAGGAAAUAUCUAAAUACUCAAUGUACAGUACAUUUGACCUCAAAAGCGCUUACCACCAGAUACCUAUCAGGGAUGAUGAAAAGCAGUACACGGCGUUCGAGGCUGGUGGAAAGCUUUAUCAGUUUUGCCGCAUUCCUUUUGGAGUGACAAACGGAGUCGCCGCAUUUCAAAGGACGAUCAACACAAUAAUUGAGGAGGCAGGGCUACAGGACACGUUCGCUUACGUGGAUAACGUUACCAUCUGCGGACUUGACUCCAUUAGCCACGACCAGAAUCUACAGAGAUUUCUCAAUGCCGCUAAAAAGUACGGUAUCACCUUCAACAAUGAUAAAAGUGCUAUUGCGACUAAUAAAGUAUGCCUCCUAGGCUACGAAAUCUCACAAGGGCAAUUAAGACCAGACCCCGAAAGAUUUCAAGCAUUGAGAAACCUACCUCCACCACAAGACAUGAAAUCACAAAAGCGGGUGAUUGGACUACUGUCCUAUUAUUCUCAAUGGAUCCCAAACUAG